AUGUUGAUCUCUCUGCUGGUUAUCAUUGUACUGUCAGUGGCACUGGCUGUGGGGCUGCCUGGCAACAGCUUUGUGGUGUGGAGCAUCCUGGUAGAGAUGCGGAAGUGCUCUGUCACUGCCCUGCUGGUGCUACACUUGGCCCUGGCCAACUUGGCCGUAUUGCUCACUGCCCCCUUUUUCCUCUACUACACGGCCCAAGGCACCUGGACUUUUGGACUGGCUGGCUGCCGCCUGUUCCACUAUGUCUGCGAAGUCAGCAUGUAUGCCAGCGUCCUGCUUAUCACAGCCAUGAGCCCGGACCGCUCACUGGCGGUGGCCCUCCCCUCUGUGUCCCAGAAACUCACCAAGACAGUUGCCUGGCGGGUGCUAGCAGGCAUCUGGGUGGUGUCUGUCCUGCUGGCCACGCCCGUCAUCUUAUACCGCAAGGUGAUGUUGGGACCGGACAACAGGAGCCUGGUCUCCUUCCCGGAGUACCCCAGCGAAGCACAUAGGGCUCUCCAUCUGUUCUUUGAGGUGGUCACCGGCUUCCUGCCGCCCUUCCUGGCCGUGGUGGCCAGCUAUUCCGACAUCUGGCGCCGGCUGUGGGUCCGGCGCUUUCGCCGCAGCCGCUGCACCGGCCGCCUGCUGGCCUUUAUCAUCUUGGCCUUCGCUGCCUUCUGGCUGCCCUACCGAGUGGUGAACCUGGCCGAGGCGGUCCGCGCGCUGGCGGGCAAGAAUGGGGUCCCAGCCGAGAGUCAGCGGCUGCGCCUGGCCCGCAAGCGCUCAGAACGCUGGCCUUCCUGAGCCAGCAGCGUGAACCCCGUGCUGUACGCAUGCGCUGCCGGCAGCCUGCUGCGCUCUGCUGGCGUGGCCUUCGUCGCCAAGCUGUUGGAGGGCAUCGGCUCCGAGGCGUCCAGCAGCCGCCGCGGGGGCAUCCUGGCCCAGACGGUGAGGGGCGCCCCUGCCUCUCCCGAACCUGGGCCGGGCCAAAGCCUCACUGCUUCCACCACCCUCUCGAGAGAGCGAAGCGAAGUCAACUAG